AUGAAUACGUAUGAAACGGGACAAUUUUCCAGCGAUUUUUUUCAACCAACACCUGUCGCCUUCAAACAAGCUGAUAAUGAAAUGCAGACUCUACUAUCAAGUGAUGGUUGGUUCUUUCGGCUGCCUGAGUAUGGUCACGUGAUAACCAAUAGCGAAAUGGUGAGCCGCAUAGUGCAAUAUUACGAGAUGUUCGCUGUCAAUGUGUUUCUUUUAGGAUACAAUGUUCUUAAAAAUGCCAAAGCCGCUGUUUCAACUUCUACUUAUGAUAUUGUGUUGUUUGAUGCAUGCACUGAUCGUUUUGUUAUAGAACAAUUUGAUUUUUGUGCUGCUUCUAGACUAAUAUGGGGGUUAAUUGGAGGUGCAAUUGUCUACUUUGUAUUCACAUCCCUUGUGGCACUUGCUUUAUACUUUGAACUUCGAAGAAAAGGAUAUGAUGCUUUAUUCACAGCAUUGUGGCAUUCACCAAUGUUUUUGGUAUGUUAUUUUUACCCACCAAAUAAACGAGUUGACGUUUUAAGCAUACCAAACAAAUAUGUCGGAUUAAGCUUGUGGACGAGAUCACAAAUACAUCGAAUUUCUUUGGCAUUAUAUUGCUUAAUAUGUACUGUUUUGGUAUUUAAUUCUUUAUUUCGUGGUACUGCGGAAAAUUCUAAAAUUGAGGGUGAAGGGCUUGAUACAGGGUAUAAAAAAUAUUACAAUCCGUAUUUAAUCCCAUAUUACUUGGCUCUUUACAUUUUUGUAAAGACUUUAUCAGAAAUGCUUAUUACUAUAAUUCAAGAUAAGAAUCUUAGAAAUAGACCAGAAAGAAUAGGAAGAUAUUAUUUGUCUAUUAAACAAUAUGAAUAA